GUCCAAGACAAGAAACACAUUUCUGUAUAGAAAUAUAAAAUGAAAUUUUAUUUAAUAUUAUAUAUAACACUACUAUUGGGACAUAUAACGCUGGCGGUACAACAAAAUAUUAUUUGUUACUACGAUGCUGUCAGUCAGGAUAGACAAGGUUUUGCCCAAUUUACUUUAGAGGAUUUAGAGAAAUCACUAGAAUUUUGUACUCAUGUCGUUUACGGUUAUGCCGGUAUCAAUGCACAAACUUUGCAAAUGACCAGCCUCAAUACACAACGUGAUAUCGAAGGGCGUCACUUUACGGAAGUUACCGCUUUAAAGGAAAAGUACCCGCACAUUAAAUUUCUACUCAGUUUGGGUGGAGAUAAAGAUAUUGGUCUUGAUUUGAAUAAUAAAUAUAUGGAGCUAUUAGAAGCUGGUUCUGAUACACAGAAGUCGUUUAUAGAAUCUGUUUUGUAUUUGUUGCGCAGUUAUAAAUUUGAUGGUCUCGAUUUGGCAUAUCAGUUUCCGCGUAAUAAUUAUUAUGGUAAAGUAAUAAUUGAUGCCCCCUGGAAGUCAUUAAAGAAAUUAUUUAUAAAGAAAUUUAAUGAAACCGAAACUAAAGUAGAUGAUCAUAAAACUCAAUUCUCAAUGUUGGUACAGAACCUUAGAAACGCUUUAAAGCCACAUGAUCUAAUGUUAAGCUUGACCGUGCUGCCAAAUGUAAAUGCUUCUCAUUUUUUUAAUGCUUCAGCUUUAAUACCCCAUUUGGAUUUCAUUAAUUUACAAACUUUUGAUUUUACCACACCCGAGUUAACACCCUCUGAGGCCACCUAUACAGCUCCCUUAUAUUCUGUACCUCUACAGGGUACUCGUAAUGUUCAGCACAGUGUUGACUAUCAGGUUAACUAUUGGCUGGCCCAGCGUAUAUCCCAUAAUAAGAUAAAUGUCGGUAUUGCUGCUUAUGGUCGUGCUUGGAAAAUGACUACCGAUUCUAAGACAAAUGGUUUUCCCAAAGUGUUAGCUACUAAUGGUCCUGCUUCAGCUGGUUAUAUAACAAAACUUCCCGGUGUCUUAACUUGGCCCGAAAUUUGCCCUAUGCUGCCAAAUAUGCUUAAUGUCAAUAAAAGCGGUCCUCAUGCUCCAUUACUUAAUGUCUUAGAUCCUCAUAAGGAUUUUGUCACAUAUGCUUUUCGUCCGGCCGAUGAGAAUGGUGAAUACGGCAUGUGGGUUAGUUAUGAUGAUCCCAGAAUAGUGGCCAUUAAGGCAGCUUAUGUUAAACGUCGCCAUUUGGGUGGUAUUGCUUUAUAUGAUGUGAGUCUCGAUGACUUUCAUGGUCUUUGUAAUGGUGAUACAUUUCCGAUGUUGAGAUACAUUAAAUAUACAUUUUUAUGAAAAUAAGUA